AUGCCAAUCUCUAUCCCUAAAGCCGAUCGACUGGCGAAUCUGUUCAACCUAAAGGGCAAGGUCGUGGUCGUCACCGGUGCCUCCGGAACCCGGGGCAUCGGCUUCGAAGCUGCGCGCGGUUGCGCCGAGAUGGGCGCCGCCGUGGCCAUCACAUAUUUCACCCGCGAGGAAGAAGCCAAGAAGAACGCGGUCCAGUUGGGGGAAGAGUUUAACGUCAAAGCCGUCGCCUAUUACUGCGAUGUUUGCGACUAUGCCUCAGUCGAGAAACUUGUCCAAACUGUUAUCCGUGACUUCGGUCAGAUCGACGGCUUUAUUGCCAACGCCGGCCAAGCGGCCGAUGCGGGGGUGUUGGACGGCAAUGUUGAGAGCUGGAUGAAGAUUAUUCAGGUGGAUUUGAAUGCGCCAUUUUACUGCGCAAAAGCCGUUGGGUCGCAUUUUAAGGAGCGGGGGACUGGCUCGUUUGUGCUGACGUCGUCGAUGUCGGGCCACAUUGCGAAUUUCCCCCAGGAGCAGACUUCGUACAAUGUAGCCAAGGCUGGCUGUGUGCAUUUUGCAAAAUCGCUUGCCAAUGAGUGGAGGGAUUUUGCUCGAGUCAACUCGGUCUCCCCCGGGUACAUUGAUACGGGCCUGAGUGAUUAUAUCCCCCAGCAGAAGAAGGACUUGUGGAAUUCGUUGAUUCCGAUGGGCCGCUGGGGUGUGUCGAAGGAAUUGAAGGGUCUUUAUGUGUAUCUGAUCAGUGAUGCGAGUACCUAUACGACUGGCUCAGAUAUCUUGGUUGACGGUGGCUACACUACUCGUUAA